AAAAUAUUCUUUUUACUCAGUGGCCGCAGUCGCGUACAUUAUUCGGCUAUUUUGAGGUCUCCAUUCUACCGAUUAUUCAGCCAACUUAAAUUGACACUUCUCGUUGACGUGUUGAAUUUGCCAUAAAAAUGUGGGGUUAUACAUAGGGAGUUCCCAUAAAUUUAAUUAAUUCAAGCGGGUUGACAACAACAUACAGUUUAACUAGAAAUGGCCGAAGAAGAUCCUUCGCAGGAGAGAAGAUCGGACAACUUCCAAAGAGGUAGGGGAUAUCCCAACAGGUCUUUUAGCCGAUACCGCGGCCGAGGCGGUAGAGGCAGAGGAGAUGUACAAAGAACACUACACGAACUAGGAGUCACUGAUUUAAGGGAACACCUCAACAGAAAACAUCACACAGACCAGUCAAAAAGUGUACCUCCCUCCGACCCUUCGUAUAACUUCUUAAGGGACCCUACAAGAGAACAAACCAGUCCAGUUUCCAAGAGUCCCAGUUCGCAACGUCCCGGCAGAAGCAAAACGCAAGACACCUACAUACAGAACCCGCUCAACAUCGUAGUAGAACUGACCACUCAAACCGGCCAAAGGAAUUAUUCGAUAGACGAUGCCCCUGUAUUGCACAGCAUAAAGCACGUACCGGAUUAUCCAGAUGAACGAUCCAGAGGUAGCAGAAGCGCCAGAGCCAGAGGAAGGAGCAGACACAACGUCGAAGAACGCGCCAAGAGCACCGAACGCAAAUACGAAGAUAAAACCGACGAAAAAGGACCGAGUCAAAUGAGAAGUAGAAGCGUGGAGGGUAGAAGCGACGCGAGUAGUACCAGAGGCAGGUCCAGUUUCCGUUCGAGGGGCCACUACAGAGGAAGGCAAAGGAAUACGGAGUACGAAAACGUCGGUAGAGGCAGCAAAACUAGAGGUAGAGGUAGAGGAAGAUCCUUCAGAUAUCGAGGAGAUGCUUCGAACAGAAAAUACCAACCCUCAGAUGAUUAUCGAGAAGCUCAAGCUGACCCGACUGAACCGGAAGAAAACUGGGAUGAAGCAGCUGAUAAAGAGUGUAUCAAAAAACAAAGUAAUUCCGAAGAAACCGAUGAUCCUCAUACUCCUGAAGAAAAUGAGGAACCGAGCAAUGACGCUGAAGAAGAAGAAGACACUCCAGAACCAGAGGAUCCGAAUAAAAGCAGUGAAUUAGAAAACGAACCGCUGUUGGAGGACUUACAGGCUACCAUAGCUAAAGAAAACCUCGUGGUUACAUCUUCGGAUGAAAAUGAAAAUAAAAACAAGAAGAGAACAGUGAGAUUUAAAGAAAACGAAGGCGCUGGCGAGGAGCAAUCGGACGACGUUAAAGGAUGACAACAGGGAAUUUCGGCGAAAUCAUAGCGGUCGAGAUAUUUUUAUAAUCAAAGACGGUUUAAUUGAACUGAUGAAAUUUUAAUAUUGCGUUGUUGAAGAUUGUGAUAAAUGUUUUUUCGAUUAAUUUUUACAAUAUUUUUAACGCGGAGUUAUUACUAGAAUUCGUGCCAAUAACAGAAACUGAUGAGGCACGCUAAUUUUAAAUAAAUAUUUGAAUUACUAAGAUUAUUAAUCGGAGGUAAAUAAAAUUUUGUAAAAAUAGAUUAUGAUACAUAACAAAAAUAAUUCAAGAGUUUAAUUGAUUGGUGUUUCUAUAUAUGUAUUUGUUGUUAAUGUGAUUUUUUAUUUUAUUCAAAACAACAGCUUCAAGCUUUUUUUAUUAUUGUAUACUCAUUAAAAUGUACCUAAUUUAUAAUCUUAUAGAAGUUGCAUAUGAAUGUUAUUAUUAACUUUAUUUUAUUGUUU